CUACCGAGGAUGGUGAUCCCAUUUCCGCAUGCUACAAACCCACUUUAUCUACUGGUAUACGGCCAAGUUAAACGCUUUCGCUCAUGUGCGGACAUCCGAAGCUUUCCCCUUUUCAGCUUGGGCUGAACAGGGCCGACAUGAGAGGCUCGUAGUUUUAUCUACAAGUUUUCUUGUUAGUCGGCCAUAACCAACAAUUCUGAUUCCGACGAAACUCAACUUCUCCAGCCAUGGUGUCUCUUACCAACGGUCACAAGACCAAUGGGCAAAUCCCAAAUGUUGUUCACAAAAACACGCCCCUAUACCUCACAGUCCUCGGCAUGAACAGCGGUACAAGCAUGGACGGCAUUGACUGUGCUCUUUGCAGAUUCCGUCAAGAGUCGCCUUCCUCGCCUAUGAACUUUGAGCUUCUCACAUACGACGAGGUACCCCUGGAAUCUGUUAUAAAGAAACGCGUUAUGGACAUGAUCUAUCACAAUCGCACCACGCCUGAAGAGCUAUCAGAAGUCAAUGUCUUGCUUGGAGAAACUUUCGCAUCCGCCGCAAUCGCGUUCGCGUCCAAACACAACAUUUCACUUUCUGACAUCGACGUUAUUGGCUCUCAUGGCCAGACCGUCUGGCUUCUCAGUAUGCCUGAGAAAGGUCAUACUAAGUCUGCUUUGACCAUGGCCGAGGGAACAUUCAUCUCCUCGAGGACUGGAAUCACCAGUGUGACGGAUUUCCGAGUUUCAGAUCAGGCCGCUGGACGACAAGGGGCACCACUCAUCGCGUUCUUCGAUUCGUUGGUACUCCACCAUCCCACAAAAUUACGAGCUUGCCAAAACAUUGGCGGAAUUGCCAACGUAUGUUUCAUACCUCCGGAUAGAAACGGCGAGCUGAACCAGGACUUCUUCGACUUUGACACCGGCCCCGGCAACGUUUUUAUAGAUGCUGCGGUGAGACAUUUCACCAACGGCAAAAUGGAAUACGAUAAGGAUGGCAAGAUGGGCGCAGCUGGUACCGUUGACCAGGAAAUGGUAGACGAGUUCUUGAAAACACAUCCUUACUUCGCCCUGGAGCCACCCAAGACUACGGGUCGUGAAGUGUUCCGGGACACCAUUGCUGACGACAUGAUCACAAGAGGCCUUGCGAAGGGUCUUUCUCAAAACGAUGUCGUUGCAACAAUCACCCGCAUUACUGCUCAGGCCAUCGUUGAGCAUUACCACCGAUACAUGCCUCAAGACUAUGGACCUCUUGCCGAGGUCUUCAUGUGCGGCGGUGGUGCUAAGAAUCCGAACAUUACGUCCUUUCUACAAAGGUCGUUUCCUGACAUAAAAAUUAUGAUGCUGGAUGAAGCAGGCAUACCUGGAGAUGCCAAAGAGGCAAUCACGUUUGCUUGGCAAGGUAUGGAAGCUAUAGUGGGCCGCAGCAUCAACGUACCUGAUCGUGUCGAGACCCGCCAAGGAUAUGUAUUGGGAAAGAUCUCACCUGGUCGAAACUAUCGUCAGGUCAUGCGAAAAGGCACAGAAUUUGGUGGCGAGCUGGACGAUCUGCUACCGGUCACGAAGAUGGUGAAUUGGAAGAAUGGAAAAGCUUUGAGUAAUACUUGGUAGAGGACGCCAAUAACUUGUACAUUGUGCCAAUGAUAUUCCACC